CGAAAUAGGUGCCUUUCACAAGCAAAGGGUUGUUGUGCUGUUGAACAUUCGUAGUGAUGCUGGGUAGUCAUAUGGUGACAAUGAAGAGCCUGUCUUUGAUUUUAAGGAUGAAGAGGAUGAGGAGGAGGAUGAAUAUGAUGAUACUCAAUUGACAGGGCUUGUUGUGAAAAGUAAGAUUGUCUCAAGUUAUUUUGCUUUUCUUGAGUUAAUACUACUGCCCACUGACAUUGUCCUUUUCUGCAUGCCAAUUCAUCGGAGAGUUCCUAAUUCUCUGGAGUAAGUUGUCAUACCUGCUCAACAUUUAAUAUCUGAAGCUAAGUUGGCUUAAGCUCUGCAGUCAAUAAUUCUGGUUAGAAAACUGGAAGUGUUGUUGGCCAUGAAGUCCUUGAGAGUAAAUGUGUUAACUGCUAAUAGAUGAUGAACUCUGAAAUUGCAGUCUAAGUGCAUGUUCACUUUUGUUGAGUCUGGUUUUAUGGGAAUUAGGUGCUAGUUAUUGAUGAGAUUGGCCUAAAAAUAGCUGUUUAAUUUUUAACCAGUCUCCAAGAGUUGGUUUGCUCUGCAUUUCACUCUUGUUUGCCUGUUCGUGUCAUUUCAUCAGUAAAACCUUCACAGAUGGAUUUGUGAUGUUGUAACAUCAAAUAAAAGUGAUGGAAUUUGAUCUCACUUGAAUAUGAUAUAUUGGAACGUUUUUAGGGAGCUCUGCUAUCUUUUCAUAAUCUCCUCGUGAAUUUGUGUGGAGAGGAAAAGCAUCCUCUGAUUUCGCCAAGCCUGCCAUAAUAGAAUGUGCAGGUGAAGCAGCCAAUAGCAGUGUGCUCCUCUAUUAUCAAUUUCACAUGCUGCCAGGCUGGGGAUGCUACAUCUAUCCUCUUUUAUGAUAAUUAGAUGGAUGGUAAUGGUUAUGGAUAUCUGUAAGAGAAGUCAUUUUGGUUCAUAACUGGUAGCUCCACAUGUAUUAUGUCUCCUAUGAAUGACCUAUUCUAAUAGUGGGCAACCAUCUAGCAUAUUGCUAGAUAGGAGCAAGGUGAUUGGCCUAGUGAUGAUCAAUUUACCAAACCCGAGGAGUCUUGCUUCAAUUCUUUACUCCUUCAUCCUCUUUGUAGCCUGUGAAAAAGGAGAGAGUAAAAUAUCUUGUACACCAUUGCCUUGGUUCAUGUUCCCCUAAUGAUGAUUCACUGCUUCUUAAAAGUGUAAUGACCUCAUGUUGUGGAAAAAUGCUUGGUUUUUGUUGGUGAUGUUGACUUCCACUUUUAAAGUUCAAUUUCCCUAUUGUUGUUUGCAUUGUUUGUAGUUGCAAGACAGCAAAGUUUCUGCGCACGAAAAUUGGCGGGGUGGAAGACGAAAUGCUUGAUGAGGAGGAAGAAGAUGAAGACAAGAAGGCCGUUUGGGGCAGAAGUAAGAGAAGGUACUAUAAUGCCAAUGAGGCAACCUCUAGCGAUGAGGAAAUUCCAGCAGAGGAAGAGGCAGAGGUGUUAAGAUUACAGAGGGAGAAAGAAAAAUCAUCAUCAAUGGAGGACUUUGGGCUUGAUGAUAUUAGUCCUGAUGAGGCCACUGUGGAACCAACUUUAGGGGAAAUUACGGUUGGAGGAAAAGGUAAAUUUGAAUCCGGUGUACGCGAAGGCACUGGAGAUGAUAUUGUGACAGCUUUUGAGGAGGUACAAAAAGAUUUGAAUGCACUGUCAAAGGAGGAGCAAAUGGAUGUUGUAUAUAGGGAUUUCCUCUCUUAAAGUGAAUUAAAAGCUGCUUUGGUUGAUGUGUUGCUACUGGUUAUGGAAUUUCAACUGAAGUAGCGAGAGCUUAAUAUCUUUUGCUGGGAAGAUCAGUAUGGGAAAAUUCGAUAGACUGGCACAAUAUAUUGACCAUGAACACACAAUUGAUAUUGACAAUGACCUGUUUUGUAUAUGGCUUUACUUUUUUUGGGCUCUUUUUGUGUGUGGGUUUUCACCCCCCCUGGUGCCCUUUGGUUGAACUUUUUAUCUAUUAAAAAUAAGAAAAAGAUCUCCAAAGAUGAAUCUUCCAAUGCAUGUUUGUAAUUGGUCAAGGUACAUAAAAGCGCUGCACUAUAUUUUCUCAUAAUUCUUCAUGGUGUUUCCUGCAAUUAGACUGUGGAAACUUAUGCAAUUUGCAUAAUCCUUUUUGCAUAACCUGUUGUCUAUGAUUCCACUCUGCAUCUUAGCUAUUCAUAUCCAUCAGGUGGUGAUUGUCAGUCCUUUCAGAUUCACGAGAACUAUGUGCUGAAAUUUCUGGCAGGAUAAAUCAAUGAAGCCAAAUGUUCAGAAGUAGGACUUGGCAAUGUUUUUCUUCCUUGAUUAGAAAACCUACUAGACAGCCUAAGGAUUGUUUGGCUAUGGUUUUGAAGAAACAAAUAAAGCCAAUUCGAUGAAUUGAUUCUCUGGAUUUUACUUAUAAAAGCAAACAUUAGACGUGAAUGAAAAGGGAAAGACAAUCAACAGAUUUCUCCUCGUAUAUCUCACAAUGUUUUCCUCCUGUAAUGUGGUCUGUCAGAGAAGACAUUCCAUUUUUUGAUUUCAUAGGAUUUUUAUAAGCCACCUUCUUGGUGGGAAAAGAAUUCCUCAAGCUAGAUGAGGAAUGGUAAAGGCUAAUAGAGAUGAUCACACUUGAUAAGAGGAAAUAGGUGGGAUUGUUGAGACAUGGUAGAUUUGGCAAUAAUUGGAAGAAUGUUAAAUGAGAAAAAUUCUUCUCCAUUAGAGAGAAGCAAAUAAAGAAGUGGUUGGAGUUAUGGAUUACAUAGAAAUUAAUAAUUCAUAUGUAAUAUAGUCAUCAAUUCAAAGAUUUUAUUCCUGGUCAUAGUUGAUCUCAUAAUAUAUGGGACUUUCCCAUCAGAAGUUAUCUGCAUCUAAUCCUACUUCUUAAGGGAUACAUAUGAAGUAAGUUACCCUGCAUUGAAUGAAUUUCUAAGAUACCAGGAAAAGGAAAUAUGUAUGUAGUCUAUGUACUUUAUGUUCCUGCCUCUUUAUUUAA